AUGAUUAAAACUAUAUCUGCCAAGGAUUUGCGCCAGCAUUGGGUGAAUCGUGAUGAAAUUGCCCUCCUCGACGUUCGUGAAGAAGGCCCAUAUGCAGAAGCUCAUCCUCUUUUCGCUUUGAGCGUGCCAGUAUCAGAAAUUGAGAAGAAGCUACCUCCGCUGGUUCCGCGAUUGUCUGCCCCGAUUGUGGUCUACGAUAAUGGGGAAGGUUAUGUCGAUUGGGCGGCAAACCGAAUAUUAGCCCUGGGUUAUCAAGAUGUUGCCCUGCUUGAAGGGGGGCUUUCUGCAUAUGCCCUAGUUGGCGAGGUAUAUCGGGAUGUCAACGUGCCGUCUAAAGCAUUCGGUGAGCUGGUUGAAUCUAUCAAUCACACGCCAUCGCUGUCUGCACGUGAAGUCAAGAAUAUCUUGGAGAGUGACAGUGAUGUGGCCAUCCUGGAUGCCCGGCGUUUUGAGGAGUAUAACACGAUGAGUAUCCCACGUGGUCGCAGCUGCCCCGGAGGAGAGUUGCUCUAUCGUGUGCUCGAGGCAGUGCCGUCCCCGGAAACAACAAUUAUCGUGAACUGUGCUGGUCGGACGCGAAGUAUUGUUGGAACGCAGUCAUUGAUCAACUCUCGAAUUCCCAAUAAGGUGGUCGCUCUUCGAAACGGAACUAUCGGCUGGACAUUGGAGGGCCUGGAACUCGACACCAAGAAGAUGGAGCAGGCUCCACAGCCUUCAUCGGAGGCGUCGCAAAGGGCACGAGAAUAUGCUGCAUCCUGGGCCGAGUAUGUCGGCGUACCUCUGAUUGAAAAUAAGCAACUUGAUCGAUUCAUUGAGGAGUCGAAAGAUCGGACUCUAUACCUGCUAGAUGUGAGGGACCCGCAAGAGUAUGCCCUUGAGCACCCCGUCGGAUUCCUAAAUGCGCCGGGUGGUCAACUGGUACAAGCUACAGACGAAUGGGUGGGGGUGCGAGGGGCUCGCAUUGUCUUAUACGAUACGGACGGUGUGCGAGCGCGCAUGACUGCCAGCUGGCUCGUACAGCUAGGAUGGGAGGCAUAUGUUAUCCGAGAAUCAUUCGUACUGCUUGAUAAUAUCCCGAUACCUCAAGGCCUUUCAUGGCACUAUCCAAAGACCGGUGCGAUUUCAAUCGAGCAUAUUCGAACACUCACUGAACCUACCAUCGUCGAUCUUGCCCGCAGUCCGUCCUAUCGCAAAGGCCAUAUUCCCGGUGCAUGGUUUGCUUCUGGACCAGAACUCGCCCGAGACUUAAGGACUGUUAGCGGUGAUGGCCCUAUCGUGUUGACUUCCCCCGAUGGAGAAUUAGCUGCCAUGAACCUUCAGCCUGCACAAGCUGCAGUCUCACGACAAGUUUUGUACCUGGUCGGGGGAACUGCCGCUUGGGUGGCAGCUGGUGAACCACUCGAGACCGAAUCCCGGUGGCUUUCCCAGCCGAUUGAUGUCUAUAAAAGGCCCUAUGAGGGCACAAGUAACGCCCGCAAGGAUAUGCAAGGAUACCUUGACUGGGAGUAUGGGCUUAUUGCCCAAUUAGCAAAUGACGGCGUGAGUUGUUUUCAUGUUGUGCGUGACCGGCGUGGGGAGUCUAGUUAG